GGGAAGCAUUCACAACGAACUCAGGAUUUUGCCCGUCGCCAAGCAUGCGUACAUCAGCGCCCUAUUCAUGAACUCAAAGGGCGGAUGUCAGACCUGGUUGACCCACCAGGCAACCUCCCACGGCGUCGACGUACCGGACUUGAAGGACAAGAUCACAUGGGAGGAACUGACACAGCUGUGGAAGAAGCGGUUCAUCAUUGACGACGCGCCAACACUCGCCAUCAACCGUCUGUUCACCAUGUCACUGGGCAACACCGGAACACGGGAUUGGCUCACGGAGUGGCAGAAGAUUGCGGCAGUGCCCAAUCUAGACUUGCCAUUCACGCAUUUACGCCGUGAGUUCUACAACAAGUCCUGUGAUGCAUUGAGCCAGGCUCUUGGUGAUCACGAGCAGUACUCAACCUUCGCUGAGAUCAUUGACAAGGCAAGGGAAAUCAUCAAGACCAACAGGUCAGCUGCACACGAGAAGUCAACAUGGCAGCCGACCUAUGUGGAGAAGGUACGAACUGGUCCGCGACAGCAGCACUUCGCUGCAGUCCAGUCGGACAGUGGAGAUAACCCAGCAGCCACUCCAGCAUCAAGUGACGGAGAUCAGGUGGCUGCUGUCCAGCCGCGAAGCAACAACAAGUCUCGCAAUAAUGGGAAGGCGAAAUCUGCAUCACAGGCCGGAAAUGGACAACCAGUACAAGUUCCAUGGGUCAAGUUCGGCUUGACCGAGGCGGAGUACAAGAUCCGCGGCCGCUACGGCAGCUGCUAUUGGUGCAACAACACCAAGCACAAGACCUCCCUAUGCCAGGAUCAGGGCAAGGAGGAUACAAUCAGAAACGCCGGCCCUCUCCCACGCAUCGACGAUCUUCUCGAGCGAUUGGGCGGGGCCAAGUUUUUCUCCAAGCUAGACCUCAAGUCGGGAUAUCACCAACUCGAGAUUCGCAAGGAGGAUUGCUACAAGACCGCGUUCAAGACACGGUAUGGGCAUUUCGAAUGGCUGGUCAUGCCGUUUGGCCUUACGAAUGCCCCAGCCACUUUGCAAGCGGCUAUGACAACGGAGUUUCGACACAUGCUGGAUCGUUUUGUACUCAUCUACCUCGACGACAUCUUGGUGUACAGUCGGAGUUUGGAAGAGCAUGUGGAACACUUGCGCACCGUUUUGGAGCGGCUACGACAGGCCAAGUACAAAGCAAACCGCGACAAGUGCGAAUUCGCACAGCAGGAGCUGGAGUAUUUGGGCCAUUAUGUAAUGCCGCUAGGCAUCCGUCCACUCGCGGACAAGAUCGAUGCCCUACGAGUAUGGCCCGGGCCCACCAACACCACGGACGUUCGUUCAUUCAUGGGAUUGGCGGGCUACUAUCAGCGAUUCAUCACCGGAUACUCCAGGAUUGUUGCACCUAUGACGAGGUUACAGUCGCCAAAGGUGCCAUUUGUAUUCGAUGACGACGCACCCCGGUCAUUCCAAACACUUAAGAUGGCUAUGCUCAUGGCACCCGUCCUUAGCAUCUAUGACCCCACCUUGCCGACGAGAGUGACUACAAGCACUUCCGGCUAUGACAUUGGGGCAGUCUUGGAAGAGCACGACGGCGACGACUGGCACCCUGUGGAGUAUUUCAGCCACAAAGUGCCUCCCAUCAACUCGCUUGAUGAUGCAAGGAAGAAGGAGCUACCCGCGUUCGUCAUGGCUCUCAAGCAAUGGCGACACUUCCUCCUUGGGCGUCAUAGGUUCACACGGGUCACAGACAACAAUCCAUUGACCUACUACAAGACGCAAGAUACGGUGAGCAGCACGAUCGGACGAUGGAUGUACUUCAUCGACCAGUUUGACUUCACACCGAAACAUCUUCCCGACCUCUCAAAUCGCGGAGCCGAUGCACUCUCGCGAAGAUCUGAUCUUUGCGCUAUGACACAUCAUGCCUUCGCAUUCGACGAGGAGCUUCAGCGACACUUUAUCCGGGCAUACGAGUCUGAUCCGGACUUCGCCACGCUAUAUGCACAGCUAUCUUCGGAUCACCCGCCGGCCAGCCACUAUCGCAUUGCCGACGGGUACUUGCUUCUCCACUCAAGAGGCAAGGACUUACUAUGUGUCCCACACGACCGCCGUCUUCGGACUCGCCUCCUCGGCGAGUAUCAUGAUUCGCGACUCGCCGGCCAUUUCGGAGUCAACCACACUACUGCACGGCUUCGACAGCGAUUCUGAUGACCCGAUUUCAUUACCGACGCCACUCGGUAUUGCGACUCUUGCGAAGUUUGCCGACGCAGCAAGCCCCGC